CUGUCUGUCAAACACUUGUUUGGAAUUGACAAACAUUUUGACGUUUGAAUGGCUAUAAAAUUUCAGCAGGGCGAAGAACUUAAUCAGCUCGCCUUUUUUUAACUGAAACGAAAUUCCUCAACCAUUGGAAGUAUUAAAAACCAGCUCAAAAAGCCACAAAAUGUGAACAGAUCGCAACGAAAGUUACUACUAGUGAUGCCUAAUGUGCUUUUACAAAGUGGACAUAAGAGUGGGUGUGCGGUGUUUUUCUAGUUAAUCUUUAAUAUCGCUUUUACUGUCAAUAAAUACCAGAUAAGAUAAUGGUUUAGGGUCUCAACAUUCCUUAAUAGGCGCUGAAGAGCAAAAUGCUAAAUAUGAACCAACGAAUAAUCGACCUAAAGUUUUGGUAAGACUAGUGCAAACAGCAAUGGGUAACAAGACUAGUUGUUGCUCGUAUUCGAGCCCCCAACCCGGCCACCGGGUUGUUAUACCCAUCGUGGAAACAUUGCCCGAAGGAGAGGUUAGUGGUUCGAAUUUGCAGCACAUCAGCGAAAGGGAGACUGAUGAUGGGGAGGCGGACCCCUCACAGGACCCCAUGGCUAAAACCAUAUUCAUCGAACGUUCGAAAACCGCAAUUGAGAACGGGAUGAUUCGAAGAAGGAGCCAACAUCAAAUAGCCGAUGUCAGGACAUUGAAGAAAAGUAGCUCGUGUUCCACUAUCUACUUGGACGACAGCACAGUGUCUCAGCCAAAUCUGAAGAAUACGGUCAAAUGUGUUGCUUUGGCCAUCUACUAUCAUAUCAAAAAUCGUACAUCACAACGGGAAAUUGAUAUAUUUGAUGAAGAGCUUCAUCCCUUAUCGAAUGAUGGUGUUGCUAUCGACUUUGAUAAGCACGACCCGGAACAUAGACAGAUUUAUAAAUUUGUGAGGACUUUAUUUAAUGCUGCUCAACUGACUGCAGAAUGUGCCAUUAUCACUUUAGUGUAUCUAGAAAGGCUACUCACCUAUGCUGAACUGGAUAUUCAGCCUUCCAAUUGGAAGCGAAUAGUUUUAGGUGCAAUUCUUCUGGCCUCCAAAGUAUGGGAUGAUCAAGCAGUCUGGAACGUAGACUACUGCCAGAUUCUCAAAGAUAUAACAGUGAAGAGCAUGAACGAGCUGGAAAGACAGUUUUUGGAGCUGCUCCAGUUCAACAUCAACGUGCCGUCUAGUGUUUACGCAAAAUACUACUUUGAUUUGCGCACAUUGGCCGAAGCCAACGACUUAACAUUCCCCAGCGAGCCGCUAAGUAAGGAAAGAGCACAGAAACUGGAAGCAAUGUCCAGAGUGAUGGAGGACAAAUACACGGCGGAAGCGAUCAAGAACGGCUUAAAAAAGUGGUCUAGUUUGGACAAUAUUUCGAAUGGUGGAAUAGCGGCCCGUAGAAGCGUAGCAAUAUUAUCUUAGGCGAUUUUUCGCAGGGAAGCUUAUGUGAUUUUGUGGCAGUUUUUUUGGAGGUGGGCCACCCAUUGGCACCAUCUGCAAUCGAACUGUCGGACGACUUUUUACGAACUUCUCUGCGCGCUCUUCACCAAUUAAUAUUAAGUAGGAUUUACCAAAGUAAUUUUUUAUAGGACUUAGUAUUUUUUAAUCUCAUUAUUAUAUACUUAAUGUAUGUACAUAAUUCAUGUUUAUACUGCUUUCGUUUGCUAGAUAAUAUAUUUUACACCUCUAGUAAAA